AUGGCGCCUCACAUGCAGCACGUGCGCGACCUCAUCCCCCUCCCCCAGACACCCAUCCAGACCCUCGUCGCCACGCUCGCCGGCAUAGGCGCAUCCGCCUGGCUGAUAAAGCUCAUCGUCCGACACAUCCUCCUCCGAAGCCCUGCGAAGCGCUCCUCCCACGGCUCCUCCUCAUCGCCCCCCGGUCCAACGUUCGAAGCAAUGAGCGCCAAAAGAAAGAAGGAGCUCCUCGAGCGGCCCGCCAUCAUCGUCGGCGGUGGCCUCGCCGGUCUGGUAGCGGCCUUCGAGCUCGCGGAGCGCGGCGUGCCGACCAUCAUUCUCGACCAGGAGAACGACAAGAACCUCGGCGGCCAGGCGUUCUGGUCGCUGGGCGGCAUAUUCUGCGUCGACUCGAAAGAACAGAGAAGGAUGGGCAUCAAGGACUCGAGGGAGCUCGCCAUGAGGGACUGGUUCGGCUCGGCGCAGUUCGACCGCGAGAAGGAGGACACCUGGCCGCGCCGCUGGGCCGAGGCCUUUGUCAACUUCGCCACGGACGAAAUGGAGGACUACGUCAAGGCCAGGGGCAUGGGCUUCCUGUUCAACGUCGGCUGGGCCGAGCGAGGCGCCGGCAUGGCCGAGGGCCACGGCAACUCGGUGCCCCGGUUCCACGUCACCUGGGGCACGGGGCCCGAGGUCGUGAGGGUAUUCGCGGAGCCCGUCAAGCGCGCCGCCGACAACGGCGUCAUCCAGUUCCGAUUCCGCCACCGCGUCGACGAGAUCAUCACGGACGAGAACGGCCGCGCCGUCGGCGUCCGCGGCAAGGUCCUCGCCGCCGACGACUCGCCGCGCGGCGUCAAGUCCAACCGGGACAUCGCCGGCGACUUUGAAAUCUACGGAUCGGCCGUCGCCGUCACCUCGGGCGGCAUCGGCGGCAACGUCGAGGCCGUCAAGGCGGCGUGGCCCGUCGACCGGCUCGGCCCCAAGGUGCCCGAGACCUUCGUCGUCGGCGUGCCGGCCCACGUCGACGGCCGCAUGAUCGGCAUCACGGAGGCCGCCGGCGCCAACGUCAUCAACCGCGACCGCAUGUGGCACUACACCGAGGGCCUGCAGAACUGGAACCCCAUCUGGCCGGACCACGGCAUCCGCGUGCUGCCCGCGCCGAGCUCGCUGUGGCUCGACGCGACGGGCAAGCGGCUGCCGCCCUUCCUGUUCCCGGGCACCGACACGCUCGGCACGCUCAAGCACAUCUGCGCCACGGGCUACGACUACACGUGGUUCAUCCUCGACCAGAGCAUCAUCGCCCGCGAGUUCGCCCUCUCGGGCUCCGAGCAGAACCCGGACGUGACGGGCAAGAGCAUGUGGCAGCUCCUCACGCGCGUCUUCGGCAAGAAGGGCACCGUCCCCGUCCAGAACUUCCAGAAGCACGGCAAGGACUUUGUCGUGCGCAGCAACCUCGAGGACCUGGUGCAGGGCAUGAACGAGCUGCAGCGCGAGCGCGGCGGGCCGGUGCUGAGCCUCGAGGACAUCCGCGAGACGAUCGAGCUGCGCGACGGGCAGUUCGACAACGCCUACUCCAAGGACGCGCAGGCGAUGCUCAUCAACAACGGGCGCACGUACUGGGCCGACCGGCGGAGUCGCAUCGCGCCGCCGCACAAGCUGCUGGACCCGAAGCACGGCCCGCUGAUCGCCGUGCGCAUGAACCUGCUGACGAGGAAGACGCUGGGCGGCAUCGAGACGAACCUCGAGAGCAACGUCAUGCGGGCCGACGGCGCCAAGUUCCCGGGCUUGUACGCGGCGGGCGAGGCGGCCGGCUUCGGCGGCGGCGGCGUCCACGGCUACAACAGCCUGGAGGGCACGUUCCUGGGAGGCUGCAUCUUCUCCGGGAGGGCGGCGGGUCGCGGCAUCGCGGAUGAGUUGCUGGGGCCGGCGGAAGCCAAGGGGCCAAAGUCGUUCUUGUGA